GGGAGUGAAAAUUUUUAUAAUUUUAUGAUAAUUGUGCUAAAAAAUAAUUAAUAUUACGAAAAAAAAGACAAUAAAAACUAAAAAACAUAAUUACAUAAAACAACAAAUAAAAAACAAUUUAAAAUUCAUUCAAGGCCAGUAAUAAUCCAAUACAAUCCACAAAAAAAGCAAACAGAAAACAUUUUGUUUUCAUUUACUACAACACAUACUCCCUUCACAUAAUGAUUGUUGUGGGUGUUUUCUGUAAAUGCAAUUGAAUAGAAAACAAAAACAUCAAGUGUUGCAACAUACCUCCUAGUUGUUGUAAAGAAUUUUAUGGUUUUAAUUGUUUUGUGUAAAAGGGCAUGAAUGUGUUUCGCCAGCAGUGUUGUGGAAGCGCAUAAAAAGCUAUUUAUAGCAAACGCGGGUGGUGGCAAUAGCAACAGUGGUAGUGGCAGCGGUAGUAGUGCUGCAGCUAAUGACAAGCGGGACUCCUUGAGUGGCAUUAAGGGCAUACGCAGCGAUAAGCGUGGUAGUUUGAGUGGCACGGGUGGAGGCAGCAAUAGUAAUAGUUUGAAAAACUCAAAAAUGUCUCGUAGCAAAACACGUAUACAAACGGAAGUGUGUGGUGACUGUGGGGCAUCAGAUCCAUCGUGGGCCUCCAUAAAUCGUGGCAUACUUUUGUGCUCUGAUUGCUGCUCCGUACACCGUAGUUUGGGUAGACACAUAUCCAUAGUGAAAUCUUUACGUCAAGGUACUUGGGAACCUUCUGUCUUAAAUUUUGUCAAUUCUUUAAAUGCUCAUGGUGCCAACAGUGUGUGGGAACAUCAUUUAUUAGAUGGUACUACAUCAUCUGCAGCUAAGGGUUUACCACGUAUACGUAAACCCUCACCCAAAGACCCACUACAUCCCAAUAAAUCAGAUUUCAUUAAAGCCAAACAUGUACAAUUGGCAUUUGUCUUGAAGCCCAAUCUACAAGAUACUGACGAUGACAUCACUGGUGCUAAUUUAGAACAUGAACUAAGUAAACAACUACAUGCCAGUGUACGUACCAGUAACUUAGAGACAUCAUUACGUCUUUUGGUACAGGGAGCUGAUCCGAAUUUCUUUCAUGAAGAAAAACGUUCAACACCUUUACAUGUGGCCGCUAAAUUUGGACAGGCUUCACAAAUUGAAUUGUUAAUUGUAUAUGGAGCCGAUAUAAAUGCAAUCGAUGGCAAUGGCCUAACACCGCUAGAAGUUGCAAAAGCCAAUAAUCAUACGUUAAUUGCUGAACGUUUGCUAGAUGGCAUGUAUGAGGUCAGCGAUCGUAUUAUCAUGUUUUUGGGUGGCAAGAAACCAGAUCAUACGACUGGCCGUCACUUAGUUAUACCCGAUUCAAACACAGCCGAAAUAAGUGAACAAUUGAAGAUUGCACGAGGACGUUUGCAAUUAGUGCCCAAUAAAAUGUUCGAAGAACUUGUUAUGGAUCUAUACGAUGAAGUUGAUCGUAGGGAAAAUGAGGCCAUAUGGGCUACAACCACCAUGAACGGUGAAAAUGUUGCAGUGCCAUUUUUACCAGCAAAUCCAUUUUUAAGUGCCACACGUAAUCAGGGUCGUCAAAAGUUAGCACGUUUUACUCGUGCUGAAUUCAAUGGCUUAUUAACGGAUGUUUUAAUUGAUGCACGACGACGUCAAAAUAUGGCAAAUCUACGUCCAUUGGAUGGCCCCUCUUCGUCUGUCAGCAUGCCAAAUAAUAAUAAUAAUAAUAAUAAUGCUUCUGGCUUUUAUAAUGUUAAUAAUAUUUCAACAACUGGCGGUGACUAUCAUGAUCCAAAUCUAUCAGAUGAUGAACCUAUAUAUGAUCCAGUUGCCGAUGAUGAUUAUGAACCAAUGCCACCUAUAGCACAGCAGGCUAUUGUACAUCAAUCAGCCAACAAACCAAACGAUGAAAUGACUAAUUUUGAAAUGGAGACAUUACGUAAACAAAUCAAUGAAUACGUUAGCGAAAUCAAUCAAUUAAAGACUGUUGUACAAAAGCUAUCGAACGAAAAUACCGAAUUGAAAUCGAAAUUUUCAACGGUGCAACAACAACCAUCGAAAUCAGCUUCAAAUAACAGUGUCUAUGAUGAACCAUUACGUAUUGAAAACACUGAAAAUGAUCAUGAACCUCAUUCUUUGCCUGAAGGCUUAAAUGCAAGUUUAGGUACUAAUAACAGCAAUCCAGGGACAACAGCUGCAGCAGCAGCGGCAUCUGCCUCGUCCUCUUCAUCGGCUACAAAUUCACAACAAUCAACGAUUAAACGUCCAGCCAGUAUGUACGAACGACGUCUUCAGCCUAGUUUAACAAAAACAAAUGCUGAUACACGCAACACCACUUCUAUGUAUCAAAUGGCUGCCGAUAAAUCCUUUACCGAGGAGGUCAAUCAAAAGACAGACAUUGUAACGCAUCGCCUUAAAGAGCUAAUACAUUCAAUGCAGGAUCCGAAUAAUCGUGAAACAUUAGUACCCUGUGCUGAGCGCAUACGGGCCGCCGUUUUGGAAUUAAUUAAUGUUUUCACCACACCGACCAAUUGCAAUGAAACCAUACGUGAAACUCUAAUGCAAUUGACACGUAAUAAUAUUUUAAUACAACAUAGUUGUGAAAAUUUACGCAAUUCAUUCGAUACGAAUGAUAAAACCGCCAUUGAAAAAUAUACAAAGGAUGUACGUGAAUGUGCGUAUUAUAUAGCCAGUGCCACAAAAACUUUAGUUUUACAAUUGGAAUGAGUUGUUUGUAUGUAUGUAAUAGAUUGUUUAAGACUACAUACAAACAUAUACAUACAUGCAUAUGUUUUACAACCAAUUCCUUAACAUUAAUCCCAUUAUAAAUUUUAUUUUAGCAUUUAAUAAUAUUGUUUAACAUUUAUUUUAAAAUUGAUAACGAUUUUUUUAUCAAUCUGUUGUAUUAACGAACCCAACCAAUUACGUAUCAGUUUAAAAUUAAUAUUGAAAUUCGAAAAAAAAACACAAACGAAACAAAAAACAUUACCAUGUUCUUCCAACGAUAACAAUUUUAAUAUGCCUUAAAUAAAAGAAAUAAUUUAUAUAAA